CUGAAACACACACGUUGGACAAGCAGCGCGCGCACAGCUCCAGGACUCUCCACCACCGCCGCCGCCGCCUCCACCAUGAUCCGCCCGCUGCUCAUGUGCUUCGUCUUCUGCGUGGUCUCCGGGAGCAGCAAGCCCACCAAGAAGGACCGGGUUCACCACGACGAGCCGCUCAGCCCUCUGGAGCACAACGACCAGGAGAGCUUCGACUUCGACCACGAGGCCUUCCUGGGGCACGACGAGGCCGGCGCCUUCACCGAGCUGUCCCCGGAGGAGAGCAAGCGCGACUCGGGUGACUUCAUCGUGGAAAAAAUCGACGCCGAUGAAAAUGAUUUGGUCACGGAGGAGCUGAAGGCCUGGAUCGCGCACGUUCAGAGGAAACACAUCUACGACACCGUGGAGACCCACUGGAAGGACUUCGACAAGAACGGCGACGGGCGGGUCAGCUGGGACGAGUACCGGGAUUUCACCUACAGCCACUUCCUGGACAGACCCCAAGGGAGCCAGCAGCGACGACGCCCCAUCAUCGAGAGGGACGAGCGGCGCUUCAAGGUGGCCGACCGGAACGGGGAUCAGCUGGCCGACAAGGACGAGCUCACCGCCUUCCUCCACCCCGAGGAGUUCGGACACAUGAAGGACAUCGUGGUGCAGGAAACCAUAGAGGACAUGGACAAGAACAAAGACGGCUUCCUGAGCUUGGACGAGUACAUCGGUGACGUUUACUCGCCGGAGCUCGGGGAGGAGGAGCCGGAAUGGGUCGACCAGGAGCGCUCACAAUUCGCCGAGCACCGCGACCAGAACAAAGACGGGAAGCUGGACCAGAAGGAAGUCCUGGACUGGAUCUUCCCCGACGUGGACCACGUGGCGCUGGAGGCUCAGCACCUGAUUCAUGAGGCCGACGUCGACCAGGACGGAAAACUGACCAAGGAGGAAAUCCUGGACUCGUACUCGGUGUUCGUCGGGAGUCAGGUGACCAACUUUGGGGAGGCGCUGCGUCACGACGAGUUCUGAGCUCAACGGGGGAUUUAUUUAUUUUGUGCCUUCAAAAACACGAUGCGUCUGGGGCUUCAUCCUUUUUUUUUUUUCAUUUUAAAGGUUUGUUAUUAUAC